CGGUAACUUGCUGAGGUGGCAACACUGGUGAUGCUGCUGCAGUAUUUACAAGUGUCAGCUGAUCCUCCCACGCACACUUUCUGUAUAGAAACAUGCUUUGGUAUUAUAAAAGUUUAUGAAGAAAAACAAGUUCAGAAAAAGUAUGAAAUAGAUGAUGAGUCAUUCAAGUGGUUCCCCAACAAGUUUGACUGAGUUUGGGCCCCUAACACCUGAUGAAAAGCCUCAGGGUUAUGGAUUUUCCUUUUCUAAGCUCUUUCAAAGAGCAGUUCGAGGAGCAACAGGCUCAUCGAGGUCCAGCACUCCAUCAGAUCAACAGAAGCAGGAUCAGCAUGAUCAAGUUGGGAGUAGCAGAGAAUCAGACCACCAACCUGUGUCACGAUCAGAUUCCCUUAUUGAUGGAGGGCCAGGUUGGCUUGAAAAGGGGAUGACAGAUACUGCAAGCAUGGACUCAGAAACGUCUGUUACAUCAUCCACGUCUUCACUCCUUUGCAAAGUUGGACCAGCUUCUUCAUCAGGCCAUGACCGAACAUUACCCAAUGUCCUCACCAGGAUAAGGAACAUCAUAGAUAAUCGAGGCUCUACUCCUCAACAGUACAAAGAUUCUGACUUCAAACAGUAUUGGCUACCAGACAGUGUAAGUCGAGAAUGUUACGAAUGUGAGGAAAAGUUUACUACAUUCCGUCGAAGGCAUCACUGCAGAGUUUGUGGUCAAAUCUUUUGCUCUAGAUGCUGUAAUAGUAUGAUUCCAGGAAAGAUCAUUGGGUACACAGGUGAAUUGCGUGUUUGCACAUAUUGCUGCAAAGUAGUCCUCUCCUACCUGCAGUCAAGCAACCUGGCUGCUGAUGUUUUAGCAGAUCUGAGGGCAUUACAGGAAGAGCUGUUGCCACCCACACAUGGUCAACCAUUAGGCUCGCACUAUCAGGAUGCCACAUUAUACAGCUUCUCGGGGUCCAAUACUCCUCUAGCAACACCGAGAGGAACUCUCCGUCGGCGACCAUCACUUGGCUUCCAAGAAGAGAAGUAUGCCACCAGAACCAGGUAUUCUAGUGGAGAUUUUCAAGCAUUUGGUGUACACCGUGACAAUGAUCAGAUGACCGCAGAGCGUCAGUUAUUGUUGAGAGACUCGCAGCAGCUUCACUCAUUAUGGUCACACAUGGCAGGGGGGACUGGAGGACUUCCUUUGGGUUCUCAUCGACAUCGUCUUAAAUCAUUCCACAACUGUUUCAUAGGAAAGGAUCUGGUGCAGUGGCUCCUUGUUAAUGACAAAGCAUCUAGUAGAGCUUCAGCAGUAGCCAUCGGCCAAGCACUGCUAGAAGCAGGUUAUUUGGUGUGCAUAUCCCAGCCAGAGCAGGUGUUCGUUGAUGACUAUGUUCUGUAUCGUCCAUUGCGUCCAAACAGUGGAAAUUCAGAGAGAGAAGUGCAAGAAGGCUUGAGUCGCACUCAAGAUGGAGGGCAAGAACCUCUUUGGGUGAAGCAGAUUUCAAACAUGGCGGAAGAUUCAGUGAGUUCUAGAGGAUCACCCAGUAAUAAUAUGAUAUAUGAUGAGCCUGGACAUAGUGUAGAAACACCAACAUCUAUUACCUCAUCCACCUCAAACUACUGCCUCGAUCUCAACCUUCAGGAUAAUGUUGUCUCAAUGAGAAAGCCUCUAAACAUAUCUAGCAGACGAAGCAGCUUGGAUAGUGACGUGGUUGAUAGUAAAAGCCCUGUAGGCAGUCCUUUAGGAGAAGCCCCAUAUUCUACAACAGUUUCUGCAGCACUAAGUGCAAGUGCUCAGCUGUCACUCUCAAGGGAGGCCUUAGGAGGAACUACUGCUGUUAUGGCUGAGGAAGUCUUACAGGCUCUUCGAGGUCAUGAUAGAAAACUGUCUCAGGCGAGGACAAGCUGGCAACAAGAAGGAAAUCACAAUUUGGACAAUGAAGAAAUGGUUAUUAAACAGAGGCUUAAUGCUAUGUGGGAAUCUCACGAAACUGCUCUCUUGUGUCAGCUCCUUGAUUCUGGUGGUCUGUCAUCAUCCUGGGCAGAAGUAAUCCUUCCCAUUGUUCACACCGUCACAGACAUUAUCCGUCCAGAUGUCAAGAACGAUAGUGAUGACAUGGAUAUACGCCAAUACGUGCAGUUUAAGAAAGUUCCAGGAGGCAGUCGGAGUGAAUCUGAAAUACUGAAUGGAGCAGUGUGUACAAAGAAUGUUGCAGACAAAUCCAUGGCUGUACGACUUACAGACCCACAGAUUCUAUUGGUUGCCUCUACUAUAGAUUACCAACGAGGAAAUGACAAUAAGCUCUUGGCACUUGACAAUCUUUUACUACAAGAAGCAGACUAUCUCAAGAAUGUUGUGGCAAAAAUUGUCUCUUACAAGCCUGAUAUUAUCUUGGUUGAAAAGAGCGUAGCAUUUUUAGCACGAGAAUAUCUACAGGCUCAUGGUAUCACACUCGUCAUGAAUGUGAAGCCAUCAGUAAUGGAGCGAGUUGCAAGAUGUACGCAAGCAGAAUUGGUGUCCUCUAUUGAUGCCCAGUUAACCAGGCCCACAUUAGGAAUGUGUCACAAUUUUUAUGUGAGGUCCUUUUCUUUUCAAGGGAAAAAUAAGUUAAAAACUUUAAUGUUCUUCGAUGGCUGUGCUACUCAUUUGGGGUGUACUGUGAUUCUUCGGGGUGCCACAAAUGCAGAACUGAAGCGGGUGAAGAAAAUUAUGUAUUUUAUGAUAUAUGCAGUGUACAACUGGAAACUAGAAAGGUCAUUCUUAAUAGACGAAUUCAUUUUAAUACCUCCACUCCCCUCUGAAAGUUUUGAUCUAGAGGACCAAGUAUUUGAAGAUGAGCAUCCUCAAAAUGGGAAAACUGAAAACCUUGAUCCAGAUGAAAUCUCAGGAAAGGAUUCUAAUGAAAGUGAAGGUAAAGGUAAAGGUGACCUUGAAGCUAGUAGUGACUCGGGAAUUUUAACUCAAAGCUUGGAAAAUAACAGGAGUCAGUUUUUUAAGGAGUGUUUGGAAAAGGAGUCUCUAUGCUCCUCAGGGGAAACAUGUGUGCCAGUGGUUGGGACUUCAGACAAGGCUAAGUUGUCUCGAACGAUCAGUGAUUUCAGUGAUCCAUUACACUCGUAUCUUAAUUUGGGUGUAUCUCCUCAAGAAGGCCCUCUCGAGUCUUCCCAUCACUCCUUCUCAGUUGCUGAAUUACCAUUUUCUAAUAGUUUCAGAAAAGCAUUGGAGGAGACAAUUUUUUCAUGUUCUCCUUAUCUAAAGUACAGUGUUCCUUAUCUUGAAUCAGAAGCCGGAAGAAACUGCUUAUUACGGAAAUAUUUCCAGAAGAAUUUGUAUUUUUCGGUACAGUUAGAAAAGGACAACUUUAUGCGCCGCCCACGCUUUUCAGAGAUGGAUGCCAAAGAACUGAAGGAUGAAAAUCAGAAUGUAGAAAUUAGAUCUCCACAUGAAUUCAUUGAGAUGAAACUAACCAAAGAAGUUACUGAUAAAGAUAUCAGAGCAGUUUUAGCAGACUUUCGAGCACGAGGUGGGCAGAUGAGAAAUACAUGCAGAUGUGAGGGAUCUUUCACAGAACCAAAAGACCAGAAACACCUACAUGCUUCUUCAUCAUUGGAAAAAUCAGAAUCUCAUGGACAAGUGAUUGUUGAGGGACUGUCCAUUGAUGGUACAGGAUCCACAUCCAGUAUAAAUGCUAGUAACCACAAUAAUAACAAACAAAAUAUUAAUAAUUUUUGGAGUGGGCAGAGUGGGUUGAUGCUUACCUCUGAUGGACGUGUUGAUGCUCUUCACCCCUUCAAUCACCAGCGAUUAUCUCUUCUUUUUUCAAGCUAUUCCCAGUCGCUUGAGUCGCCUCCUGCUUUCUGUGUUAAUCCUUGGGUUUUAACAAUGGAUUUUUAUGGCAGGAAUGAUAUCCCUCUUGGAGCCUUCCUAGAACGCUACUGUUUUAGCCCUACGUAUACCUGCCCAUCUAGUCAUUGUUCUGUGGCAGUGGUAGAUCAUAUCAGAAAGUUUGUUCAUGAUACUGGUUGUGUGGAUGUUCUGCUGAGACGCCUUGAUACUGUCCUAGAUGACUCUAACUCAGGAUCGAUACUAAUGUGGAGCUGGUGUAAAGUUUGUCGUCAGGUUACCCCUGUGGUGCCUAUGUCUUUAGAAACAUGGUCACUGUCCUUCGCCAAAUACCUGGAGCUGCGCUUCUAUGGUGGCAAUUUUACAAGACGUGGAACAGAUGGAUGCCCUCAUUCUCUCCAUCAUGAUCAUUUUCAGUAUUUUGGUUUUAAGAAUCAAGUAGCAGUUUUCAAAUAUAUUGGAAUUACAUUACGAGAAAUUUUUCUUCCGCCAUCUGAGAUGAAACUGUGCAUCCAUCCAAUUACUCAAUCAUCUGUUGUGGAACUCAUCAAGGGUGUGGCCAUACAGGGCUACUCAGUGUUCUCUACAAUUUUUGAGCGUGUUACAACACUUUCUUCUGAGUGUGGAAGCCGCUGGGAGCCUCUCAUUGUGGAAAUCACCGAACAUCAGAAUAAACAGCGCCUGACAUUCAGAGAAAAGAUUGAAAGCAUACAGCUGCAGCUAACAUCACCAACACUAGAAGCGCGGCGCCUUCAUCCUCCCACACCUAACACUACUCAUGAAGUUACUACAACAAUGUUAGGCAUCACAGAUCAAGUUAUUCUCAUCAAGAGGCUCAUUGCUCAAGUUGUCACUGACUGGAAUGCCAAAGUCCAAGAUCUUGUACAGCUUCGAAAAAGAGAAGAGAAAUUAGAGAAGGCAAAAGUAAUGGCAACAAACAGUGGAGGUGGUGGUUUGCCUCGCCAGUCUACAAGUACUUCAUUAUCCACUUCCUCAGCAGCAUCAGCAUAUGCAACCACUUCUACAGGAGAAAUGUACAGUGCCCAGUCUCAUAAGCAAGGUGGUGAUACAGCUUCUGAAGCUUCUUCAGCAGCCAUGACUGGUCUCUCAACUGAUUCUCUCAGCCUGUCAACCUCUUUCAGUGAACUACCUGGUCAAGAACCUCCAAAAAACACCUCCAGUGAUGUUGUCGAAGAUGGAGUUGAAGAUGUAGUUGGUGGUCAGUCAUCGCCUGUGCCUCUGCCUCAGUUAAAUGAAACUCAGGAUACAAGAAAACUUCCAGAAGAGACCAAAGAGAAUUUACAAAAGGCAGUAGGAAUUGUGUGUGAGACGUCUUCUGCUGUGUACCUAACGGAGGAGAGGGAUCGCACCCUUCGGGCCUUGGAUGCCCUCACUAGCAACACCAAAUCACCACCUGAUCCAGGUAUCACUGUAUUGGCAAGCUGCUACCACUUAAAGUAUUGCUACUAACACUUAUAAAGCAGC